AUGACUUGGGCUGGCAUAGGUGAGCCGGGUGGCAAAGCUUCACUAAUGUACCGUGAUGCUCAGGGGCGACCCAUCGCAGGUCGUCAGACCACCACUGCUACGAUUGAGAUUGCUGGCGUGAAGUUUCGCGAGCAGUGGCUCCUUUCAUCAGUCAGCCAGCCACUCUUCUGUGUUGGCAAGCUCAUGCGCAACAAUGGCUGGGACAUAGUGCACGAUGGUGACAAGGUUCCGCACCUCACGAGCCCUGAUGGUGCUGUCCGAGUGCCUCUGUUCUACAAGAACUAUAGCCUGCAUGCCAGAGGCUUCAUUCGAGGUUUGUUUGAACAGCCAGACACCACCGAGCUGUCAGUGCGAGCACUUGAUGUUACAGGUCCGUGGCUUGAGUUGAGUGGCGAAUUCCAGGAAGUUGCCCCUCUUGUGUAUGCCCGGCGUGAUAACACAGACUGCUUUCUUGAUUGCGGUGUUGCACUUGCGCACCUUGGGGUGCGGUACCGUACCACGGUCAGGCAGGACAGCCUGGGUUGGAACGUUGUGGAGUUCAAUCAGGAUGUGACUUUGCUUGAGCAGCCAGAGGCUGAGUUUCAGCCCAGGCGAAUCCACCAGACGAUCACGAUUGGCUCCGACGGGCUUCCAGCCCUCCCCGAGGAGUGUGCCGGCGAUGUGGUUGAUCAAGAUGAGGUUCUGGCAGGCAUCGACGAA